AUGUCAUCUGUCAAAGUAGCUGUCCGGGUGCGUCCUUUUAACAACCGCGAAAUUAAUAAUAAUGCUAAAAUAAUUAUUGCAAUGGCUGGAAGUACUACAACAAUAAUUGGUGGAAGCGGUCCGGAACGAACUCAUAGUUUUAACUUUGAUUAUUCCUACUGGUCAUUCAAUAAAGAUGACAGUAAUUUUGCAAGUCAGCAACAGGUUUACCAGGAUUUGGGCGUUGAAAUGCUGGACCAUGCAUUCGAGGGAUACAACGUCUGCAUAUUUGCAUAUGGACAAACGGGUAGUGGUAAGAGUUACACAAUGAUGGGUAAACCGAAUGACGAGGCUGAAAUGGGUAUUAUUCCUCGACUGUGUAAUCAUUUAUUUCAAAAAAUUCAUAGCAAUUCGGAUCUGAACUUGAAAUAUUCGGUUGAGGUAUCAUAUAUGGAGAUCUACUGUGAAAGAGUUCGAGAUUUAUUGAAUCCAUCAAAUGGAGGAAAUCUUCGUGUGCGAGAACAUCCUCUCCUUGGACCUUAUGUUGACGAUCUUACGAAAUUAGCAGUAUGCUCCUAUCAAGAUAUUUGUGAUUUAAUGGAUGAAGGAAACAAAGCCAGAACUGUAGCUGCAACAAAUAUGAAUUCGACGUCGAGUCGUUCACAUGCUGUCUUCACAAUUGUUCUGACCCAGAAGAAGCAUGAUCCGGACGCAGAUCUGGAUUGCGAAAAGGUCAGCAAGAUUUCAUUAGUUGACUUGGCUGGAAGUGAAAGAGCCACGUCAACUGGUGCUGAGGGGCAGCGUUUAAAAGAGGGUGCCAAUAUCAACAAAAGUUUAACGACCCUUGGGCUUGUCAUCUCGAAAUUGGCUGAAGAAGCAAAUAAAAAGAAAUGUAGGGCUAAAUCAGUGAUACCAUACCGCGAUUCGGUACUCACUUGGCUUUUGCGAGAGAAUCUCGGGGGAAAUUCGAAAACUGCGAUGAUUGCUGCAUUGUCACCUGCCGAUAUUAACUUCGACGAAACGCUGAGUACACUGAGGUAUGCGGAUCGGGCCAAGCAAAUUGUAUGCCAAGCAAAAGUGAAUGAGGAUCCGAAUGCGAAACUGAUUCGGGAAUUGAAGGAGGAGGUAUUGAAACUUCGCAGUUUGCUUGAAUUAAAAGGUAUCGAUAGUGAUGAUCCACAGAAUGAAAAAGCAAUCUAUUCCGCCAGAGAUCAUGACACUAUUGAACAACUGAAAGCAUCCGAAAAACUUAUCGCUGAACUUAAUGAAACCUGGGAGGAAAAGCUACGCAAAACUGAUGAAAUUCGCAAACAGCGUGAAGAUGAACUACGUGAAAUGGGUUUAGCUACCGGAGCAGAUGGUACCACUCUCGGAGUUUUCUCACCAAAAAAGUUCCCUCAUUUGGUAAAUUUGAAUGAAGAUCCAUUGAUGUCAGAAUGUUUACUCUAUUAUUUGAAAGAAGGAAUAACAAGAGUUGGACGGCCGGAAGCAUCCCGUCGUCCGGAUAUUCUUCUUAGCGGUCAGCUUAUUCUCGACGAGCACUGUCGUUUCUUGAACGAAGAUGGAGUAGUACACUUGAUUCCAGAGCCCGGUGCUCAAUGUUUUGUAAAUGGCAAACCAGUUGUCUCCUCGGAAGUAUUACACACAGGCUCACGUGUGAUUCUAGGCAAAUAUCACGUGUUUAGAUAUAAUGAUCCAAUCGAAGCCCGUCAAAGUCGACAAAAUUUAACAAAUUUGGCGCCUAGUGAAACAUUAGAUUGGAAAUAUGCUCAACAAGAACUGUUAGAGAAACAAGGCAUCGAUCUGAAAGCCGAAAUGGAGAAAAAAAUGCUCGAAAUGGAAUCACAAUACCGCCGGGAACGUGAAGAACUUGAAGUGAAAAUGAUGCGACAAACGAAGGAGUACGAAAUGCGUAUCGAGACAUUACAACGACAAGUUGAUUUGGCACAAAGCAUGAUUUCAUCUACGUGUUCCACGUGGGAUGGCGAACGCUUUCUUACAAGCAGCUUACUCAAUUUCGUGGCUGAGCCAGAGUGUAAAUGGACCCCAGAAGAGGAACGAAUUGCUCGUUGCACAGCAACGAAAUGGCGCUAUCAUCAGUUUACUUCAGUUCGGGACGAUCUGUGGGGAAAUGCAAUUUUCCUGAAGGAGGCGAACGCUAUUUCUGUUGAAUUACGAAAGAAGGUACAAUUCCAAUUUGUUUUAUUAACAGACACAAUGUAUAGUCCGUUACCGCCGGAUCUACUUUUACCUGGUGAAGAUUUGUCCUUGCGCCCAUAUCCAAAAACAGUUGUUGCGGUGCAGGUGCAAGACUUAAAGAAUGGUGCAAUGCAUUACUGGAGUAUCGAAAAACUAAAAAUGAGAUUGGAAGGUAUGCGUCGCUCCUACAAUGCCGAUAUAAGUGAUGCGUGUACUCCGGAUAGUCCCGAAGAGGAACAGCAUCAAUGUUGGCUUAGUGCUAUGCAAUUCAAUCCUGCGAGACUUAUACCUGACAGGCAACGUUUGGAGUCGAUGCGUGAAAUGUAUCAUAUGGAAGAGGGAUAUAGCUCUGAAAGUCCAGAAGAUCCAAUGAUCGAUGCAUUAAUGGGUACAGAUCCUUUUUAUGACCGUUUCCCGUGGUUUCGAAUGAUCGGAAGGGCUUUCGUUUAUUUAAAUAAUCUAGUGCAUAAUGUGCCUCUUGUGCAUAAAGUUGUGAUUGUCAAUGAAAGAGCCGAAGUCAAAGGUCAUCUUCGGGUUGCUAUAGAGCCUGUUCUGGAUGAUGAGAUGAAACCAUUGAAAGGUGUUAACCAGUCGGUAAAGUGUCACUUCCGUAAGGAAGACUUCACAAAGAGAGUUCAACCAACGAACACCACAUUAGAAUCAACAAAUGAGCGUUUCGUAGAAGGUAUUAAUACAAAAGAUGAUGAAAUGCAACAAAGCAUCGAAAAAAUGGACGAAGAAACUGUGCAUUAUCCAAAACACAUGCAACCUGAUAGAGAAUACUGUUUCCGUAUUACUAUUAUUGAAGCAUCUGACAUUUCCGAACAAUAUAGUGACGUGUUUUGCCAAUUCAAUUUCUUGCAUCGUCAUGAUGAAGCAUUCUCAACCGAACCAAUGAAAAAUACAACGAAAACUUCCUUAACGUUUGGUCAUGUUCAGAAUAUUCGAGUGGUCAUGUCGCCAACAUUUUUACAUUAUGUCAAUCAUUUCCCUAUCAUAUUCGAAGUUUUUGGUCAUUACAAGCCAUCUCUGCAGCAGUUUGUUUAUGAACGUCAGAACAGUUCCCUCGGGCGAAGAUUAUCAACAAAAUUAUCGUUCCAGCAACCAUCAUUAUUAAUCGCAACACCUGUUAGAAGUAAAAAAGCCACCAUCAUUCCAAACAAUCUGAGUCAAGUACGAUCGAAAUAUGAUCUACUUGUGUGGUUCGAAAUUUGUGAGCUUGGAAGCAAUGGUGAAUAUGUUCCAGCAACUGUAGACCAUGCCCAGGGUCUACUAACCCAUGGCAUAUUUCUGCUCCAUCAAGGGAUUCAACGACGGUUGAAAAUUACAAUAUGCCAUGAAAAAGGCGAUGAUGUAAAAUGGAAGGACUGUCAAGAAUUAGUAGUCGGUCGGAUACGAUCAACACCAGAAUGGAGUGGUGAAGAUGUCGACGUACUAUCUUUGGGACUAUUUCCAGGAACGUUCUUAGAAUUCUCGAUGGAUGACAGGGUGUUCUUCCAGUUUGAAGCAGCUUGGGACAGUUCACUGCAUAAUUCUCCUCUUCUUAAUAAAGUAUCAAACUAUGGUGAGCAAGUGUAUAUGACGUUAUCUGCCUACAUGGAACUAGAGAAUUGCACCCAACCAGCAGUGAUUACGAAGGAUCUUUGCAUGAUGAUUUAUGCCAGAGACUCGAAAAUCUCAGCCGCCAGCAGGUUACCAACAAUAGUCGCCCUAUACAAAUACGGCCUUAUUAUAUGCUUUUUAAGGUUUUGUCGGUCGUUGAUUGGUGGAAUAAGCAAAAGUCCAGAAAUGAAUCGUGUACCUGGCGUUUACGAACUUACUGUCAAGGAAGCUCUCGACAAAGGUAGUCCAGGUGCUGCACGGAGGCAACGUCGCGUACUGGAUACUUCGUCUGCGUACGUUCGAGGCGAAGAGAAUCUUGGCUUAUGGCGUCCACGUGGCGAUUCACUUAUAUUCGAACAUCAAUGGGAGUUGGAAAGAUUGACACGAUUGCAACAGGUAGAACGUGUUAGACUAUUUCUUCGUCUUCGAAACAAACUAAAGUCAGGAAAGAAGGUGGGAGAAGAAAACGAUAUUAAAACACCACUUUCCCCAACAAUACCAAAAUAUCCCAUUCCGACAACAUGCAAAUUAACAGAGAAGGAGGCAGGUCUGGCACAGAAAGUACUUCGUCUAAUCAAGCAGAGAAUACCAAUAAACAAAGAACCACCUACUGGAAAGGCAAUGGAUCAGAGUGACCAAACAUUAUCUUCAUUAGGAGACAGUAUCACAAGUCCUACUUCCGAUAGGAAUUUACUGGUUAAUUCUUCGCUAUCACUUGAAUUUUUGAAUAAAUUAAAGUCGAAAUCAAACCAAAAUCUGGUACUUAGUUCCAAUGAGACCGAUGAAGGCGUGCAGCGUUCAAUGAGUGGAAGUCGAAUCUCACAAAUGUCUCUAUUAGUUCCUGAGGUGACAGAAGAGCGUGUGGGAAUCGUUGUUUCCAAGAAAGGUUACAUGAAUUUCUUAGAAGAAAAGACGCAAGGCUGGGUAAAGCGAUGGGUGGUUGUGAGGAGGCCAUAUAUUCUAUUAUUUCGUGAUGACAGAGAUUUGGUAAUUCGUGGUAUAAUAAAUCUAGCAAAUGCACGAGUGGAAUAUUCGGAAGAUCAGCAAGCGAUGCUUAAGGUACCGAAUACCUUUUCAGUGUGCACAAAUCAUCGCGGUUUCUUGAUGCAGACGGUAGAUAAUCAAAUGUAUGAUUGGCUCUAUGCUAUCAAUCCGUUACUAGCAGGCCAGUUGCGAUCCAAGAAAGGAUCAGUGGGUAUCCCUCUAUGA